UGACUCAAAUCUACAACAAAGUUGAGCUUGCGUUUCCAUAUCAAAAUCCUAAGAUCCAACAAUAAUCCAACAAUAACCCUCCUUCCAUUUUGAAUCUCUCGUUUCCUCUUCUAAUCCAACAAAAACCCUCCUUCCAUUUUGAAUCUCUCCCUGAAGAUUCAAUUGUUGCUGUUUUUAUCCAUUUGAGAGAGGUUUGUGAAUUUUAAAACUUGUUAAGAUGAAUGACCUAAUGACCAAAUCCUUCAUGAGCUAUGUGGACCUAAAGAAAGAGGCCAUGAAAGAUCUUGAAGCUGGUCCUGACCCUGUUGUAGAAAUGGCAAAUGCAUCAAACACCAUGGAAAGCAACCUUGGUAUGUUCCUUGAAGAAGCUGAGAAUGUCAAGAAAGAAAUGGGAUCGAUCCGUGAGAUUCUUGACCAGCUGCAAGAAGCUAAUGAAGAAAGCAAGACCUUACAUAAACCCGAGGCCUUAAAAUCACUACGAAACAAAAUCAACACAGAUAUUGUUACUGUCCAGAAAAAGGCCAGAAGUAUUAAAUCCCAGCUUGAAGAAAUGGACCGAGCAAAUGCUGCUAAUAGGCGCCUCUCAGGGUAUAAGGAAGGAACUCCGAUUUAUAGAACAAGGAUUGCCGUUACUAAUGGCUUGCGCAAGAAAUUGAAGGAGCUGAUGAUGGAUUUUCAAGGUCUAAGGCAAAAAAUGAUGACGGAGUACAAAGAUACUGUUGGUAGGAGGUAUUUCACUGUUACUGGAGAGUACCCAGAUGAGGAAGUCAUUGAUAAGAUCAUCUCUGAUGGUAGUGGGGGUGAAGAGUUCUUGAAACGUGCAAUUCAGGAGCAUGGGAAAGGGAAGGUGUUGGAGACUGUGGUGGAAAUUCAGGAUAGACAUGAUGCUGCCAAAGAGAUUGAGAAGAGCUUGUUGGAGCUGCACCAGGUGUUUUUGGACAUGGCAGUGAUGGUGGAGGCGCAGGGGGAGCAGAUGGAUGAUAUUGAGCACCAUGUGUUGAAUGCUAGCCACUAUGUGAAGGAUGGUACCAAAGAGCUCAAGGGUGCUAAAGGUUACCAGAAGAGCAGCAGGAAGUGGAUGUGCAUUGGGAUCAUUCUUCUUUUGAUAAUCAUUCUAGUGAUUGUUAUACCUAUUGCUACUAGCUUUAGUCACUCUUGAAUUGGAGUCUCAUGGAGGAUUUAAUGACCUGUUAUUCCUUCUGGUUGCUUGCUUUACUUAGGAAGGUGUGUGUAUGCUUCAAGUCCUUAUUUCGGGACUGGUUAAGUGGAGGGUUUGGUUGUCUCUGGUCAUUGUUUUUCUCUUCUGAAGUAUGAUAGUAUUUAAUGUUGUGAUGUAAACUGCAAAGUUCUGAUAUAAAUUUGAAAAACAAUUGUUUUAUUCUUCA